AUGUUCGGCUCACUAAUCCAACUGCCGUUGUUCAUAAUCCUUGCCGUGACAGGGGCAUUUGGUCUUCUUUACUGGAUCAUUUCUCACCAGGUCCGGCCGGUCACGCAGAAAGAACUUCGACACAUUCCCGAACUACGAUUCGAAGGCUCUAAUACCGCUGAAAGAUAUAUAAAUGAGACACGGAAUCUCUUAAAACUAGGCUACGAGAAAUAUCUUCAAUACGGUGUUCCGUUCCAGAUGCGAAAUCCAAUCGGUGAGAUGGGGCCUCAGGUCUUUUUGCCGAUUAAAUAUCUGGAUGAAGUGAAACGCGCUCCAACGACGGUGUUCAGUUUUGAAGAAUUCUCAGAGAAGUCAUUUCUUCUCAGUUACAGCCAUGCGCCGCGACAAACGGAUGCUGCCGUUCGUGUGAUCAAAGACGAUUUAAAUAGCCACCUUGGAAGCUUGGUGAACGGAUUGUGGACCGAGACUAUAGCAUGCCUAGAAGAGACUGUGUCUUCAGAAUGGAUAACGGUGCCAGCGUACCAUUUCAUUUGUAGCGUUGUGGCCCGCACAGUAUCGUAUGGGCUCGUGGGUCCUCACCUCUGCCGAAGCCCCGAUUGGCAACGAAUCGUUAUCGAGACUACAUACGCCAUUUUUGGCGCAGCUAAUACCAUUCGCGACCAGUACACGCCGCGAUGGAGAUGGCUAGCUCGAUGGACGGACUCAACACAGAAACAACUGAGGCAAAUAAGACAACAAGCCACCAAAUUACUCACUCCUUUAUACAAGCAGCGACUAGAGGCUGUUGCGAACCCAAGCGAUUUUGGCGAUCCUUCAACGACUUUUCAAGACACCAUAUAUUGGUUACUAGGCAGAGAGCAAGCCGACAAAUCGCUUGCUGGCAUUGUUGAUCAGGAGCUGUUUCUUUCCAUUGCUGCAAUACACACAACAUCUGGCUCGUUAAACUCCUUUAUCUUUGAUUGGAUUGCGCAUCCUGAGUAUCACGAUGACAUCAUAGCUGAAGUCAAUGAGACUUUGUCCGAAGUCCAAUCUUCUGAUAAGAAAUGGACAAUGCAGCACGUCGCCAAGAUGAAAAAGCUCGACAGUUUUAUCAAGGAGAGUGCACGGAUGAGCCCUAUAGGAUUUGACGCAACAGUUACCGGCCAGCGCCUUACGCUUAAACCUCAUACAUUCAAGGACGGUCUACAUAUUCCGGCUGGAACCACAAUAUUAUUCCAUGCUGAGGGCGAGCACUACAAUCCAAAUAACUAUAGAGAACCAGAUAAGUUUGACGGUUACCGCUUCUAUCAUCUCCGUGAGAAGAUUGACCCCAGUCGCUUCCACUACACCACUGUGUCGGAUGCCUCUCUCAAUUUCGGGGCCGGGCAACACUCUUGCCCCGGCCGCUUUUUCAGCGCGCUGGUAACCAAAUUUAUUCUUGUACAACUCAUAACAAAGUAUGAAGUAAAGCUUGAGGAUGGAAGUAUCCAAAGGCCGCCCGACGAUUUUCAUGACAACAAUAUGAGGCCAGGUGCGAAUGUAAAGAUCAAGAUUAGGAGGGUGGACUGA